UCAUUGAAAUAGCAACGAAAAUAAAUAGUAAUUAUCUUCCAUCGGCCAACCGACCUUCGGAUUUCACUGCUGCAAGACAAAAGUGUGACAUUCCUGCACGUCGAUCCGUAAUGUGAUGACGCGUCGAGCAAGAGAAAUGCGGCCGAAUUCGCGACGAUUCAUUUGACACAAUGCCGGUUCAUCGGCACUUCGCUACCUACCCGUACCCUCAGAGGCGUCUCCACAGGUGCGUAAGCGCAGGUAUAGUCGCAUAGCCUCCGCGACCCGCCGCCCCGCGCCGCGCGCCCGCUCGCCCGCGCGCCGGCCAUCUUGAAUUCCGCUCACUCAGACCCGCGCCCGUCUCGCGGCCAGCGCACGUAGCUACUCCGUUCACGAUCCGAGCGGCCGAACAAUAACUUAUCAAUUGCAGUGUCUUCUAGUGAUUUAGUGUCAUGUGAUAGUGAAGUGCAAAAAUGGAAUCGACGCCGAUCUGUCGGUGCCGCGUGUUGUACCUCGGCUCGGCGGUGCCGCAGCAGAGCAAGGACGGGCUACAGGGCAUCCAGGAGCCGCUGCGCGAGCUGUAUCCGGAGAAGGGGGCGACCACCGGCGGCAUAGACUCGUGGCUCUCCGUUUGGUCGAAUGGAAUCCUGCUGGAGAACGUCGACGAGAGCGGGUCGAGGGUGUCAAGGUUUUUUCCGAUUUCGAGCUUGCACUAUUGCGCAGCCGUGAGACGUGUGAGCGUGGAGGGCGCGCCUAGAUUUUUACCUUUGGAUUCCCCGUUCGCCAGAGCGCCGGCGCCGAGGCGUCCUCCUCUGUUCGCGGCGGUCUUACGUCGCACGCAAGGCAUAAAGGUUCUGGAAUGUCACGCGUUCAUCUGUCGGCGCGAGGCGGCGGCGAAUGCCCUCGUCCGCUGUUGUUUCCACGCGUACGCUGACAGCUCGUACGCUAAACGGUUAGAGGCAGAACGGUCGCCGUCGCAGCUGCCUCCCGACGGCGAUGAAGAAGUAGAAGUGUUCGACGGUGAUGAGAACCACAAGGUGUGGGUCGGGGAAGUAGAACGCGAUGAUGCAAGCGAUGAUAUCCCCCACCCGACACGAGCACCUCGUCCUCGACAAAUCACUCGACCUGCGUCCGUGCCUCCGCCGCCCCCGCCGCCCGAGGAGCCUAAAAAGAAAUCCUCCUCGAAGAAGUCAAAGAAGAAAUCGUCAGCGUCAGCAGAUGAGUUGUACGCCACGAUGCCUGGCCCUGCGCCCGUCAUGAACGGCAGAUCGUUGGGCAGAGCUCCUCCAGCCUGGGCGACGGCGGGUCAUCAUCCGAUGGUGUUGGUGGCACACCCGGCCGCCACACUGCCUCACGCUCGACCUGCCACGAUGGGCCACCGAGGUCGCGUUCCGGCUGCGAUGGCUCCCGGACCUUUCCCACCCGUUCCUCCGUUAGGGAGAGGUCGCAUACAGUACGCGACAGUCGACCCUAGACGUUCGAAACCUCCGCCCCCAGCUAUGAAAGCCGCUCAGAGCAUGACGGGCUUGGAAGCAGUCGAGGACGCCGGUGGUAUCUACAGGAAGAAAGGACAUUUGAAUGAACGUGCUUUUUCUUACAGUAUACGACAGGAGCACAGAAGUCGAUCGCACGGAUCUCUCGCUAACCUAAAAUUCGCUGCUCCACCGGAGGUGGAGACAGGUCGAGAAGAACUGAAGAAAGAGCGAGAGAUCAUGCAGCUGGUGGCCGGACUGCAGCUCAGCUCCGACGAGGUUGAGCGUCGUGAAGUGCCGCCACAGAUGCUUCGAGCCCGACAUGGUCCGAGAUAACAUUAGGCUACAAUAGCAGUGCCAUCAACCACGAAAAUAAGAUACGGCCAACGAGCGCUGCUCAAGAAAGGAUUAUUCAAAUUUCGAUUACGGAGAAUUUCAAUAAACUAAGCGUUUUUAACUUAUAAGAUAACGAUACGAUUUGUAAAGGCGGAGUGCGCGCGAAACAAGUAGUCCAAUCUAAAGUUGCACCAUGGGACUACACCAAGUCCGGCUGUGUAUUUUUGUACAAUGCACAGACGUAAGCCUCGUGUUCAGAUUGUUCUACUUGUAAUCCACGCGCCAUAAUAUUCGGAGUCACGACUACACGAUUUCCUGAUACGGUAUAAAGAAUCGAAUCGGUAUCGAAUUCGUAAUCGUAAAGUAGAAAGCGCUCUAUAUCGCUAGUUGCAUGUGAUCGCACGAUUACAGAAUACCGAUUGUUAAAUUGAAUCGACGUGAAUAUGUAUAAGUACCUACAGAUUCAUAUUCAUUUGAAUCGAUUUGUCACGAUCGUAGGUACCUAUUCUAUGGAUCAGAAUAGAAUAAUCGAAUGCUAUCGACCAUUUCUAAGUAUAAACGAGUCAAUCAAUUUGUAGUUUCAGCUUUCAAGGGAGCGAAAAAGUGUACUUACCUACGGAUUUGACUAUUUUGUAACACAGUUGUAUGUUUUCGCCAUUUAGCUUAAUUUAAUCGUAGUAAAGUUAGUUGCAUCCCUAAUGCCUACGACAUCAAUAAAUAUGAUAGUGUGGCGCGACGGAAAAGUUUACCUACACGGAGCCUGGGACUAGAAGUUUAUUAUAUGGAACAGUAAAUUAAUUCAUUCACAUUUGGAAGCGUACGUUGGUGAUGGUUGUAGUCAAACUCUGAAUGCACGCGCACCGACACCACAUGAGUAUGUUAAAAUCACGAAAUGUCAAACAACCAAUUUCGAAGUCAGUGGAUACCUUUUACGCGUGUUUCAAAUUUAGCUCAAGCUGAGAAACUCAAAUUUAAAAUUUCUCGAGACUGAAUGGGCAUUUUCUAGGCAAGCGUGCUCCAUCUUAGGCUUUAUCAUGAUUUGCCAGCAGGUCUGAUUAAAGCCAAGCGCUAGUCUAUAAAUUAAGAAAAAAUACUUCCAUUGUAAAAGAUAUAGCUGUAUACGAGUAUCUACGAGUAUCCACGUACACAAUAAAUUACAUCAUUGCAAUGUGAAACGAUUAAAUCGUGGGUAGUUUGUUUCCGUAUGACUGUAACUAAAGGUUUAAUGGUGAAAUAUUAGUCAUUAAACGAUAUUGUAAGGUUAUGAGCUCAGAUUUAGUGCGUUCAGUGCCUUAAGUGUACCUAAGUUUUCUAGCAAACAAACGCCAAGACCGAUAGAGACAGAUAGAGAGAUAGACAGAUAGAAAUAUUGUGCUAAAUGAGCAAUUGAUAAUAAAUAAUUUGACAAAUCAUAAUUGAUAUUUUUUACCUUCGUGUUGUUGUAACUUACAUCUAAGUCAAAAGUGAACGCGGAGUACAGAACUUUCAAGUCUAUAUAUCGUUGGCUGUGGAAAGGACGCCGUAAAUAAUAUACCUAUAUUUGAUUCCAUUUUAGAGCGUCCAAACCUUAUCGUGUUUCGCAUUAAGCCAGGAAAGUCAUUUGUAAAAAUCAAAAACAGGUAGUUAGAUUAAAAUAACAAUAAAAAAAUCAAUAGUUUUUAUUAUUAUUAAAGUGUUUUACUUAUAAACAUAUUUUUACGUUAUCUAUUAUGUAAUUAGUGACGAAAGAAGUAAUUAUUGUUACGGAUUUCCAACCAUUUAUUUUUAAUGGUCAGUUUGGAAUUGGUGUUAUUGGCUGUAAUUGCGGAAACCUAAUAAAAUAAUCGACAAUUUGCUAGAAUUUAAUUAUCUAAUACAUAUAGAUCCGGUGAUCAGUUUCUGAAGCAUUCUUGACACGCUGGCUUAGUGAGUGGUGAACCAAAAAAAAAAAAAAUUGGCCUCCGACAUUAAAAGCCACCAUUCAUAUACGUUUCCUCGCCAUUCUGGCCAAUCGGCUCUUCUAAGUAGCGUUGUUUUAGCUUCAAAUUAAGAGAUUAAAGCAAGCUAAAUUAAAGCUUCUAGAAGAUAAAUUAAUGAAUGUAUUGUACCUAAAACAUCAAAAAUAUGUAUAAGAUUUAUUUCAUUGACAGCAAGUGCAAAACUAUGGGUCUAAUGUUUCACAAUAACAACAUUGAUACAGCAUUAUGUUUAAAUGUUUAAUUGAUUUUUGUAUUAGUAUUUCUUUUAUAGUAAAACCCUAAUAUUUAAUUUUUCAUUUAAAUAAAUGCUGUUUAUAUAAAUAGGUACCUUUAAUCGAUUUCUACUCGGAUUUGUAUCAAAAUAGUAAAUCACUCUUGUACUAAUACUUACAUAAUAUCAAGGAUAACAUUUUGUUUUUUACGGAAUAAAUUACACAUACCUUACACUCAUUACCUAUCAAGACAUAUAUUAUUUAUUGAAAUAGCUAAGACACUUAUUAUAUUACUUAUAAUGUACGUAGGCUAAUAAUUUUUGGAUGUUGUAGCCCAAUCGUGACAGAUUUACUUACUUAGCUUGCGUUUUUCUUGUAUCGCGCCGAAGACUUUUAAAUAAGACGUUAGUUGUAACAUAGGCCAAAGACGACUCUACAAUGUAUUUGGAAUUUGUCAGCUCAUAGAGUUAUGGUUUGUGCUUAUCACACUUAGGCUUUAGUCACUUUGUAACAGAAACUAUGUACCUACACAAAACAUUAAAGUACAGAACGUAACCUCAAUUUAAGCAUAGUGUUUAAGAUGUAUGGCCGUAUUUGUACAUUGCGAAUUUGUACAAACAUUGUAGAUGUAAGUUAUAUAAGGUAGAGACAUAUUAGUUAAAGGAAAAUGUAUUAACAUUAUUGAUAAUAAAUAAUAUAUAUUCCUAACCAAUAUUUCCAUGGAUGGAAAUGCCUAAAAUUGCGAAAAAAAAAGAAAAAACACGAGUUACCGAACAUAGUGUAGGCCGCGAUCACACCUAUAAGUUUUACUCGCGUAAGUAACUUACGUGGUCAACUCACGGCUAAUUUACUAAUAAUAAUAAACACUGUUAUUAGUACAUUUUUAUUAGUUUUGUUGUAAAUUAAUAACGUUAGCUAGGUACUUAUGUGAGUAAAACUUACAAGUGUAAUCGGGACCUUGCCUUUGCAUAAAUAUGUACUAAGGCGUUCUAAGAGCCCAUUAUGCCCCCUUCUGUCCGCAAAGUCCAUCAAUCCAAGCUUCCAUCAUUGUCGUGAUAGAUUCCUACUUCCAUCGUUUAUUGAAAUGUUGUAAACUUACCUACUGACUUCUAGUCGGAACGACGACAUAACUUAAAGCUGGGACACACCAAACGCGUAUGCAGCACGUAAGCGCAGACGUAGCGCGUACCAUGACGUUGUAAAGUAUGGAACUGUAUGAGAUAUGGCAUACCGCUAACCGCUUGCGUGACGUGAACGUUCGCGUAGACGUAAUGCUGUCAUGUCUAUGGAUUCACACGCGUCACUACGCGCGUGGUCACGUGUACGUGCUUGGUGUGAAUCGGUUCUUAGAAGUCGCAUCGGUUGUUUAUUGGAAAGUUGUAGGCUGACGUAGGUAUAGUACGACAUGACUUUAGAAUUCGCAUAGGUCAAAUUCUUGAGAUUUCAAAUUCAUCUUAGCGGAUCCGCCCAGCUUUGAUCGUCUGAAAUUGAUAUUGAUAUACGUACAUUAUACAUCAUAUAUUAUAGUCCUUCUUGGCGCUUAUGCUACUACAAGACUAACACCGCGCUCGGAAAACUGAUUCUAGGUACUUAAUGAUAACUGGCAACCAAUUCAACUUCAUGGUUAUACUAUUAACAGUGUGAAAAUGUAAAUUUUAACUAGCUUAGUACAUAACAUUAUAUGGAACUAUAGGUGGAACCCCAUAAUGAGCGAAGCACCAGAAAAUGAGCGAUUAUUAUUAUCACUAAUCAUCGAUGUAACUUCUGUCUUACCUACUGACUUUCCAGGCUUGUUUAAUGUUCAAACUGUUUUAAUAUGUCUCUAACUUAGAAUAAGUAUACCUAAUAAUAUUCGUGUAAAAUAUAAUAUACCUAAUAUGUAGAGAUUAAACUUGCAUUUGUUAUAUCUAUUGCAAAAAUAUGUGUGUGUUUUCUUUUUAUCAAUAAUCGUAUUGUAUGUAUUUUAAGGUAAUGAUUACAAAAAUUUGUAAUUAUCAUAUAAAAUUAUAUGCAAGUGGCAUGUAAAUAUAAUAUGGAAGAUCACAGCUAGAAGUUUGGUAAAUAUAGGCUAUGAGUGCCAUUAAUAUUAUAUUUUGUUAUACUCUUUAAAAUCAUCGAAUUAAUGGAAAACAUGUAGUAAUUAUUAUACUAAGAAGAAUCUAAUAGGAAUUGUUUGUAUAUAGGUUUAUUUGUAACAUUAAAUUUAUAUUCUAAGUCUUAUUUCAAAGAUUAAACAACGAUUGUAUCCCAUUCAUUCCAUUAUUUUUUAUACGAUAUUUUAAAAUAUAAUAGUCUGUAAUU